AUGUCGUCUGAAGCAUUUGUAACGUUAGCAACAAAUGAUGGUUAUGCUCUUGGAGCACUUGUUCUUGCUGAAUCACUUCGUCAAGUUGGAACACAAGCAAAUUUAGUUGUUCUCAUCUCAAAUCAUUUAUCUGAUUUAAUCAAAGAAACAUUAGAAUCAUGUUUUGAUGAAGUUAUUAUUGUUGAUGAAUUAAAUUCAAAUGAUGAAGAACAUUUAGCUUUAUUACGUCGUCCUGAACUUGGAAUAACAUAUACAAAAAUCAAUUGUUGGCUUUUAGAACAAUAUACAAAAUGUGUUUUUUUGGAUUCUGAUUGUGUUGUUCUACGUAAUAUUGAUGAUUUAUUUCAACGUGAAGAAUUAUCAGCAGCACCUGAUGCUGGUUGGCCCGAUUGUUUUAAUUCAGGUGUUUUUGUUUAUAAACCAUCAAAAGAAACAUUUACAAAAUUAAUGACAUUUGCAUCUGAACAAGAUGCUUCAUUCGAUGGUGGUGAUCAAGGUCUUUUAAAUCAUUAUUUUUCAAAUUGGCGUACAGAAGAUAUUUCUCGUCAUUUACCAUUUACUUAUAAUGUAACAGCAAAUGCAUUUUAUUCAUAUUUACCAGCUGUUACACGAUUUCGUCAUGAUAUUCAUGUUAUUCAUUUUGCUGGUGCAAUGAAACCAUGGCAAUUAUCAUAUAAUCCACAAAAUGAACAAUUAUCAGGCAAUUUAAGUGGUCAAAGUGAUAUUCAACGAGAUUUUCUUCUUUCAUGGUGGAGAGUUAUGUAUCAACGAGUUUGGCCAAAAUUAUCUAAAUUUGAUUCUCUAUCCAAUACAAACAAUCAAUCAUUUGGUGAUAAACAAGGUUUUGGAAAUCAACAUUUUGGUUCAUUAAAUUAUGGAAAUUUAAUAACUCAUCAAGGAAUGGAAUCAGGUUCAGCUGCACAUCGUCGUGCUUGGGAAGCUGGUCAUAUUGAUUAUUUUGGUCGAGAUUCAUUUUCAAAUAUUCAACAACAAUUAGAACGUAACAUAUCUCAUCUUCCACAACAAUAUCAUCCAUCACAACAAAGACAAAUAACACCUGAAAAAACAACAACAACAAUACCAGCACCACCAAGUAUUCUCAAAAAUUCAAGUAAAGAAACAACACCAUCACCACCAACCAUUCCAAUACAUCAAACAAAAAGUUCGGUAAAAGAACCAACACAACAACCAGCCCAUUCAGUAAAAAGUUCAGUAAAAGAACCAAUACAACAACCAGCCCAUCCAGUAAAAAGUUCAGUAAAAGAACCAAUACAUCAAACAAAAAGUUCAGUAAAAGAACCAGCCCAUCCAAUAAAAAGUUCAGUAAAAGAACCAACACAUCAAACAAAAAGUGCAGUAAACGAAUCAACACAGCAAAAAACAAGUGUUACACAAAGUUCACCAAAAGAAUUACCACUUCAAUCAACAACAAAUCUUCCAACAAGUUCAGUAAAAGCAUCAACAACAACAGUUCAGCAAGUACCAAAUGUUACUAAAAGUUCAGUAAAAGAAGCCACACAAUCAACAUUUACAAAAGUUUCAGCAAAAGAAACAACAUUACCAGCACCAGCACCAGCACUCAUACCAAAAACAACUACGUUACUUGGAAAUACUCAACCAUUAAUUGAUUCACAUACACAUGAAUCGAAUUGGACAGUUAAAUCAACAAUUGUAACUGCUUAUACUCAAGGUUCUGGAGUAACUGCUGGACCAACUGUAGUAAGUAAAGUAGUUAGUGAAACUCUAGCUUCAUCGGACAGUGAUGUUCCAAUAAUAACAUCAAUUACACAAAAGCCAGAUCCUGGAACACCCAUUCGACAUGUCACAUCAUCAACACCAUCAACAGCAACGACAAGUAAUGGAAAUCGUAUAAAGCAUUAA